AUGAAGGACACCACGUCUUUGGUUGGCACGUACUACAGUGGGAAGUCGGUCCUCGUUACAGGAGCCACGGGAUUUAUGGGCAAAGUCCUGGUCGAGAAGCUUCUCCGUUCCUGCCACGAUGUGAAAACCAUCUACGUGUGUGUGAGGCCGAAAGGUGGACGUUCCAUGCAGACUCGAGUGGAGCAUCUGCUGAAAUGCAAGGUGUUUGACAGAGUCCGGGAAGAACGGCCCCGUUUCCAUGAGAAGGUUAAGCCCAUCAGUGCUGAGUUCACCAAGCCAAAUCUGGCCAUCUCUUCCGAAGACCGGGAGGAGCUGAUUUCUGAGGUCAACGUGAUCUUCCAUUGUGCUGCAACGGUUCGAUUUGAUGAGCCCCUGAAAAAUGCUCUUCUCCUGAACGUCUUGGGCACCCAGCAGCUCCUGAGGCUGGCCCACCAGAUGAAGAACCUCGAAGCCCUCAUCCACGUUUCCACGGCCUACUCAAACUGUAAUCGGAGACACAUAGAGGAGGUCUUUUAUCCUAUCCCUGUGGAGCCAAAGAAGCUUUUGGACAUGAUGGCGUGGAUGGAUGAGUCCCUCAUUGAAGUGAUCACCCCCAAAUUGAUUGGAGACUGGCCUAACACCUACACCUUCUCCAAAGCUCUGACUGAGCAUCUGAUCCAGCAGGAGAAAGGAGAUUUAAAUGUUGCCAUCAUCAGACCUUCCAUCGUGGGAGCUAGCUGGCAGGAGCCCUUCCCAGGUUGGAUUGAUAACUUCAAUAACAUCAGCGGCUGGUUUAUUGCGGUUGCAAAAGGGAUUUUACAGACUACAAAAUGCAAUCCGGUGGCAAUAGCUGAUAUUAUCCCGGUAGACGUAGCUAUCAACUUAACCAUCACUGUUGGCUGGUACACUGCGGUUCACAGACCAAAGUCACUCCUGAUUUACAACUGCACCUCAGGUAGCCUCAACCCAUUAACCUGGGGAGAAGUAGAACUUCAUCUGAAGAAUGCCUAUGAAAAAAACCCACUGGAGAAACCCUUUAGGAUCCCAAAUAGCAGUAUGACCUCGAGCUACUUGGUCCAUCAGUACCGGACGCUUGUCUGCCACACCAUCCCGGCUCUUCUCUGUGACCUCUAUCUGCAGCUGACGGGAAAGAAGCCACGGAUGAUGAAGCUUUUUACACGCUUGGAAAAAACAAUGAGCCGUUUUGAACAUUUUAUCAGCCACUCCUGGGAUUGGAGCUGUAGCAAUACAAACACCUUGAUGAAAGAGCUCAAUGCAAAAGACCAAAGUCUAUUCUCCUUUGACAUCUGUCAAGUGACUUGGUCAGAAUACAUAACAAAUUACUUCCUAGGAACUAAGAAAUAUCUGCUGAAUGAAGACAUGGCUGGAAGUCCUGCUGCCCGGCAAAAUAUCACAAAGCUAAAGACUAUCCAGUGGGCACUGAAGGCCAUUCUGCUUGGGAUCGUCUGGCGCAUAUUCAUUGCAAAAUCACAACUGGCUCAUAAUAUAUGGUAUUUUUUAUUAAAUCUCUGCUACAAGUUUUGCUACAUUAGCGCUUCCAGCAUCCUUAGACACUGA